UCCAUGUGGUUUGGACUGUUGUUCCUGGAGUUUGACGAGGGACUGACGACGCCCGGCGCCAUGGUGACGGGCGAAGGUUGAGGUGAUCUGUCAGCCAGCGUGAAGGAUCACUGUACUGUAGUUUGUCAAGCCGAGCCUCUCUGUAUCGACCUGGACACUGUGGGCAGCCGAAAAAGACGAGCUCGCUCCACUGUCCGGGAGCCUGGUUGUUUUUCAAUGGCCGGCCUGGUGGUGGCUCGCCCAAUUACCACUUUGCUUUUGUGCACUCCAGCACGCUGUGCCCGACCGACGAGAGCGAUAGAGAGACAGGCCUGUCUGUCUCAGUCGACUCGUCUCAGGAGAGGUCGCGACCGUCUCCACCACACCUUUUUUUCUUCUGCUGCAACGCAACCGCAAUGCAAUGCGUUCUGGGAUCCUCUUGGGCCUUUGUGCUGAGCUAUGUCCGAAUCCUCGUGCAGACAGAGACACGAGUGCCGCUCUCAGGUUUUGGCCCCCUGGCUGUUGCUGCGACGAAUUGGAUGGAUACCGGGGCCCGGAUCGGGGGUACUGGAGGGUCUGGGCUAGAAACGCAGAAUGAUGCGACAGUGCAGGAGAAAGGGUUGUGUUGAGAUUGAAGCUGCAGAGGGCUGUCCUGUAGGGCAGCGCAGUGCAGAGGAUGGAGAGUCGUUCCUGGUCCAAGUGUGUCACGCGGCGUCGAGACAGACGCUUACAGCACACAGCAGCCCUGAGCCCAUUGCCCUCGCCUUUAUCUAUCUCCUGUUGCUUGGGGGGAAUUGGCCAGCGUCCGCUACUA